UGUUUGUACCGAGGUUCCGCCACAGCGUGUGCGCUGGAUUCAGCAGCCGCGCUCAGGUUGUCAGUCCCCGGGGGGGCGGUGCAAAGUCAGACCCGCUCUGCAGCAUCAGCAGCACCUGUGCGUGGACCCGGCAGCACCCGUGCGUGGACGCCGUGACCGCUCGGAUGGUUUCCCACAGCUCGCAGUGAGGACGGGAGGCUGCAUAGAAGAUUUACUGGCUUGUCGCCGCCCCGUCUGGUAAACUUGUGUCCGGGAUGGGGAAGGAGCAGGAGCUGCUGGAAGCCGCCCGGACGGGGAAUGUCGCCCUGGUGGAGAAAUUAUUGACCGGGAAAAAGGGGAUACUCGGCUCUGGAUCAGGCUCCAUCCCCCUACCGAACCUUCUUAGCAUGUGGAAGGGCCUGAACGUGAACUGCACCGACAGCUCAGGAUACACACCUUUACACCACGCUUCCCUCAAUGGACACAGGGAGGUGGUUCUGAAGCUGCUCCAGUAUGAAGCCUCCACGAACUUAGCUGACAGUAAAGGUUGCUUCCCGCUACACCUGGCCGCCUGGCGUGGAGACGUGGACAUCGUCCGCAUCCUCAUCCACCACGGCCCUGCACACUGCCGCGUCAACCAGCAGAACCACGAACGGGAAACAGCGCUCCACUGCGCUGCCCAGUAUGGACACUCUGAUGUGGUAUCAGUGCUGCUGCAGGAGCUGACCGAUCCCACCAUGAGAAACAGCCGGCAGGAGACGCCUCUGGACCUGGCGGCACUGUACGGACGUCUGCAGGUGGUGCGCAUGCUGGUACGCACUCACCCCAACCUAAUGACCAGCUACACUUGCCGACACACUCCGCUUCACCUGGCUGCACGAAACGGACACUACAGCACCGUGCAAACGCUGCUCGAGGCCGGCAUGGAUGUCAACUGUCAACUGAGUAAUGGCAGUGCCCUCCACGAAGCAGCACUCUUUGGGAAGAUGGAUUGUUGUUCGCCUUCUGCUCGCUCAGGGAUUGACAGCAAUCUCAGAGACACGCAGGGAAGAACGGCUCUAGAGAUCCUGAGAGAACAUCCUGCGCCGAAAUCCCAGCAGAUCACUGCUCUCAUCCAGGAGUAUAUGAUGGAUGAGGUGGAGAAGCGGGGUUUCAAGGAGGAUCCUGUUCGUAAAUAUCCCAUUCCUGCACCACGAGCUUCCGUCCCCUCGCCCUCCGCCUCCCCCUCCCUCCAUCAUAAGAAUGAUGCUAUGACCAGCGAGCUGUCUAAACUCCUCCAUGAGAUUAAGAAGUGCCGGGACAGAGACUAUUCUUUUGAGGAGCUCUGCCAGACUAUCUCCUCCCACUCUAUGGACAGCUUUGGCAGCGGACGGCUCUCCGAUGAAGAUCGCCCUAACGGCACCCUGACCCGAGUCCACAAGCGACUGAUGCCGCCGUUUGCUCCGGCACUGGAAGAGGAUGAUGUGGAAAAGAGCUGUGGCCCCAGUGGGUUUUGGGAGGCCUUCACACCCUGUAACGGCUGCCACAAUCUGGGAUUCUCCAGUCCUUCACAGGACUCGAAGCGCUCAGCAGAUAUCAACACGUCUCCUUCUCUGGAUGUUUUCCUGCCCGAGGACGAGGAGAACCCGUAUGAGUCUGUGACCACUGCUGUCACGAGCAAACCCUGCUCACUCGACAUCAGCCACCGGCUCACCGUUUGUCCUCGUAAUGGUCAUUUGUGCCACAUAACAGUCAGCGAUGGGGAGCACGGUAGCCAUGACAACUGCUCCAGCGGACCCACUCCAGAUUGCUCACCUCCCUCCCCUGACACAGCCCUGAAGAACAUCGAGAGAGUCAUCCGCCCACAGCCAAAGCAGCGUACGUCUCUGUCCUCGUCCCUGGAUGUCCAGAAGCCGGUGAACCACAGCUGUGAGCCCAGUGAGGUGAGCUCGUCGCUGGGCUACGCCAGCUUCAGCACCAGCCCCCCGGCCAGCCCACCCAUCAGCCCCAACCAGGAGGACUCUGCUGGAUCCAACUACGACUGUCAGCUCACAGACGACGGGCCAUACCAGCGAGACCCACCUCUUCCUCCUCCUCCCUCCUGUUCCAGUGCUCUACAGGAGGAGCACAGGAAGAGCCACAUCCCUGAGGAGUUUGCGGGCCUCCUCCAUGGAUCUUCUCCAGCCUGCGAAACCCCUGAUACACCUUAUCAACUUUACAGCCCCAAACCCCAUAAAUACGCCUCGUCAGAAAUCCGUAGCAACCUACUGCAGCCCCCCGAUUUCAGCGUUGUGAUCAGUGGGGGGUCUGCUCAGGUCUUCCCCAGGACAGGAAGCGAAUCCUCACCAAAGAGGACUGACAGCAACCCCCAAAAACCGCAGGUAGUGUACCGGACUGUCUUCCACACAAGAGUCAACCAGGACCAGGGUCCAACACGGAACUGUGAUCAGGUUGAUCCCAGUUGCACCUGGUCUACGUUGGUCCACCCGCCCACCUGCUCGACCUCGCCCUCUUCCGCCCAGAACAGGGAGGUUCCAGAGUUACGGGGAGGUGUGACCAAGGAAAGCUCACCAGGAAGUGGUUACGAAGAAAGGGCCUGCACCUUGGGGAGGAUGAGGUCUAUGCCCCGCAGCGUGAUGGACCUGCAGCUAUCCAAGUCACUCUCCAAGUCUGACUCCAAUCUGGUCACUGCAUCUCCCAUACAGGAGGAGCACAGUUGGGGCUCUGGAUCACGGGGUCAAGGGCCCGGCAGUUCCAGCCCAGAAGACAGCGCCAGCCUGGGAGGACGGCUGGAGAGGACGCCGUCAUUCACUGCCGAGUGGGAAGAAAUCGACAAAAUUAUGAGCUCCAUCGGUGCAGGGAUAGGCAGCGGAUUGGACAUCAAGGAUGACAAUUCAGGUCCCCGGUGCCCGCUGCAGUCCAUCGGCCAGUGGCUCGACUCCAUCGGCUUGGUCCAGUACGAGAACCACCUGCUGGCGAACGGCUUUGACAACGUCCAGUUUAUGGGCAGCAACGUGGUGGAGGACCAGGACCUGCUGGAGAUUGGCAUCCUCAACUCAGCCCACAGACAGCGCCUCCUACAGGCCAUACGCCUGCUACCCAGGGUACGGCCUGUCGGUUACGAUGGCAACAACCCGACAUCGGUGGCGGAGUGGCUGGAGUCCUUAGAGCUCGGCGACUACACCAAGUCCUUCCUCAUCAACGGUUACACCUCUAUGGAGCUGGUGAAGAAGAUCUGGGAAAUCGAGCUUAUCAAUGUAUUGAAGAUCAGCCUCAUUGGACACAGAAAACGCAUUUUGGCAUCAUUGGGGGACCGGCUACACGACGACACUCCACAUAAACCUCCGCGGGCCAUCUCCCUAAGGGAGCCCGGCGGGAACCACACUCCUCCCCAGCUCAGUCCGUCGGUGGGCCAGGCGGCAUACACUGCGGGGGUUCCGGGCGGAUCGCUGGACGUUCAGCACCUCAUCAUGCAGGCGGACGCCCGGCGCAGGCAGCGCAGCAAUGACAACUACUUCGAGGACGUGCCGCGAUCCAAGCUAGAGCGACAGAUGGCCCAAGUCAGCAUGCAAGGCGAGUGGUGCGAGCCAAUCACGUUACGUCCUCCCAACGAGGCCACAUCGUCCACUCCGGUCCAGUACUGGCAGCAUCACCCCGAGAAGCUCAUCUUCCAGUCCUGUGACUACGAAGCCUACUACCUGGGCUCCAUGUUGGUGAAGGAGCUGAGAGGGACGGAGUCCACGCAGGACGCCUGUGCCAAGAUGAGGAAGUCGACGGAACAGAUGAAGAAAGUGCCGACCAUCAUACUGUCCGUGUCCUACAAAGGGGUCAAGUUCAUCGAUGCCACAAAUAAGAACAUCAUAGCCGAGCAUGAGAUUCGGAACAUCUCGUGUGCCGCUCAGGAUCCAGAGGAUCUGUCUACAUUUGCCUACAUCACCAAAGACCUCAAGUCCAGCCACCACUACUGCCACGUGUUCACCGCGUUCGAUGUGAACUUGGCGUAUGAGAUCAUCCUGACGCUGGGCCAGGCCUUCGAGGUGGCCUACCAGCUGGCUUUGCAGGCCAGGAAGAGCGGCCAUGGAUCCUCCACGCUACCCGAGAGCUUCGACAGCAAGCCGAGCAAACCGGUCCCUAAACCCCGAGUCAACAUCCGAAAAACUAUGGAGCAGCCAUCUAUGGACCAGAAGGGUCACGCCAACGUGCCGUGGAUUGUGGAGCCGGGUCAGGAGGCCAAGAGAGGAGUCAACACCAAGUACGAGACCACUAUUUUCUAACAUACACCUGCCUUGUCCACUCCUGUGUGUGUGUGCCUUUCAGAGGUUGGCCUUUACUGGGCCCCGCCCCGGAGUUGGGCACAAGCACCGCACGCCGCCGUGUCACCGCACCGGCCGAACAGUAAAAACAUCCCGCCCAGCCCCCAUUAGCUGAGCCUGACCACUGCAUGACGACAUUUGGCGCUGCGCUGUCUUUUUUUUUCCCUCCUUGUCUCUCUCGUUUCGUUGGCUGUCCCUCCCCCUUUCUGGCCCUAGCCAGUCCCUCCUGCCUGCAGGGCUGGCGCAUGACUUUUGACCCCAGGGCUGUGGUGCCACCUGUUGGCGGAAUGGUCAGCUGUGUUUUCCGAUGUCUGUCUGUCAGUCAGCCGGUCGGUUGUUCUGCUUCUUUCUUUGCAGUCAGUGGGUGCGACCGCUCGGCUCUGUCCCUCACUUUUUUUCCUUCAACCCCUUUUGUCCAACUGGUCCUGACAACUUGAACGAGAUGUGAAACCAGUUCGCUGCUCGGAGCACUGACGAGGGCUGACCUUUUUUCUUUUUUUAAAAUAAAAAAUCAUAUAGGAGAGGUGAUGUAGCACCGUCUUACAGCGACUCAAACUGCUUCAUCCAGCAGCCUAAACUAGAAUGUAUUAACAUUUUUUUAAAACUUUUUUUAACAUUACCGUGAAUUUUUUGGUAAAUAUUUGAAAUACGAA